AUGGCAGGGCUUCGGGUCUGCUCCCUUCUGGUGACUGGGGCCAACCGGGGAAUCGGCCUGGGGCUUGUCCAGCAUUUCCUGGGGAUGCCAAACCCGCCCAAGUGGGUCUUUGCGGCUUGUCGGGACCCCAAGGGACAGCGAGCACAGGAGUUACAGAAUUUGGCCUCCAAGCACCCCAACCUGGUCAUCAUCCCGCUCGAAGUCACCGACCCCACCAGCAUCAAGGCGGCUGCAGCCAGAGUUGGGGAGCAGGUCGGGGGCUCAGGGCUGAACCUCCUCAUCAACAACGCCGGAAUUGCCAAGUUGAACUUUCUUGACACCGAGACACUGGAGGACAUGACUCAGAUUUACACCACCAACACAGUUGGGCCCCUGCUAUUGGGCCAGGUGUUCCUGCCCUUGCUGAAGAAGGCUGCCCAGGGGAGCUCGGAUUCAGCGUUGAGCUGCAGCAAGGCGGCCAUCAUCAACAUGUCCAGCUGUGGGGGCUCCAUCACUUCUCCUGCUGGUUGGGAUCUGAUGCAAGUUGUCUCAUACCGCUGCAGCAAG